AUCUGCAUAUGAUUUUAUCUACUAAGUUGUGAGUAACAGUACUACCAAUAAUUCUAAGUGAAAAUGGAGCUAUAGCUCUAAUGGUCUAUGAUCUAACUGUUUUCAAUAGUGUUUUAGGGGUGGAUGUCAAGAUUACUAAACCUCUUUUGUCAUAAUAAACUCUAUUGAGCUGUUCCCCUGUCCUUAGUUGUCUGAUGUCUCUACAAGACUCUUGAACCUCUAUAAUUAGUGCACUAAUCUGUUAGUCAUACCUCUAACUUGUUAACAUGAAAUAGAGUACCGGAGAGGGAGAUUUGAUAUGACAGUAAAAUGCCUCACCAACACCAAGAGUUGAGUAAGAGUGAUCUCCCCUGUUUUCAGCACAGUCAUUUAUUAAGAUUAAUGCUUGUAUUUUUAAUAGCAGGGGGAUUGGAAAAAUAUCAGUUAUGCUUCUAGCAAAAAAAAACAAAUGACUAGAAUAUAUAUACUACUAAUGGAAAGGGGGUAAAAAAGAACUGGCUUCGUCAUUGCCUAAUACUAUACUAGUGAAAUUCAGAAUUGGUGUAUGUAUUAGACUGACCUUAAAGAUUUAAUGAAACAAACUCAAAAUAUUAAGACAUUUUGCUGGUUCUUCAGAUAGGAUAGUAGAUGACAGUAAUGGAGAUGCUGCCAUUGAUUCAUACCACUGCCACAAGGUACACUCAUUCUCUUAAGUUGAAUUUAAAGAUCUAGACGAAUAAAUUGAAUGUCCCAAGGCCUUGGAGACUGACUUCAGAGACUGGUUAUGGCUCCGGUAAUAAUUCACCAAACCUUCCUCAUGUGAAAAUAGGCCACACACACAAAAUGGGAAACACGUACACCAGUAGUCACACUAACCUUAGCAAAGGUUGUAGUUCAUGAAGCCGGCCCCUCCGGUACCACAGCAUUCUUGGGAGACUAUUUUGAUUCAUUCAAGUCUCUCUUUCUCUUCCAUUUAAUUUCAACUCUCUUUUUAGGGUGUUCAAUAAGUAAUCCCUAUGUGUGUCCUAUUGAAAAUAAUAUUUGAUAAAUAAAGAAGAUAUGUUAUGUAUCUGAAAGAGUAAUUAUAUUCUUGCACCUAGUCUUCAAAAACAAUUAUAUUCUUACACCCACUUAUCAAGAAUUGACCAAUAUGCCAUGGCCUAGUCAUUUAGGGUUUGAUUUCCUUGAUUCUAUUCUAUUUAUCAUUUUGGACCUUUUGUUAGUGCUUGCCUUAUUGGGCAUCAGAUUCUUCAAUAAUGCCUCACCCACACUAACAAAAUAAAUUUUUAUCAGGUUUCUUUGAAUUUAUAUAUAUGCUUUAGAUAAUAAUUAUGUAUAGAAUAUGGUGGAACAAAUUCACCGUCUCAAAGCAAAACCCAAAGUCACACGUAUACUUGGAGACUAAUCAUUUCAGACUUGUUGUGGCUCCGGUCUAGCCUGAAUAUUUCACCAAACCUUCCUUAUGUGAAUCUAGCCACAUACACAUACACAAUGGGAAGCGCUUACAGUAGUAGUCACACUAACCUUAGCAAAGAGUGUACUUCUUUCGAAGCUGGCGCCACCGGUACCAGAGCAUGCUUGGGAGGCUCUUUUGAGAUUUUCAUGGGGAAAACGAAAGAAAAUGACCGCACAGAUGUUUGGGGGGUGGAAUACAAGACAGGACAGAAAAACAACUGUUGCGGUUUUCAGUUGAAGGCAACCCAUGAUAACAAUGGUGCUGAGACCAUUUUUUUUGGACUAAUCGACACUGCUGAGAACAAAACUGAAUUUUCAUUGAAGAUCACAAGGGUCGGUCGUGAUCGUCUCCGUGGAGGGAUAGCAGGAGUUAAUUCUUCCCGCCCCCCAGUUUCCUCUACAAGAGCUAAACCAGACUGCACAAUAGAGACUGUUAUUGUUUCGUACGGUUGUUCAUUCAGGGAAGGGCUUUUUGUUCUUGAAAUGAAGAAAAAGAUUAACGCUGAAAAUGCUCACAUGGUCACAUUAGCACACUAUUAUGUCACCAAAGACGUAGGUCUCUCUGUUUCGGCCAAGAUUUUUCGCAGCAAAGGUGGUGGUAGUUUUGUUGUUGAAAUGGAGGGCCCUAUCAAACACCCAAGUUCUGAUUUGCGUAAGGUUCUUGUUAAGACUUCUCAUACAUGUAUAUGGUCGCCUGGUGCUUGUUCUCACUGUAAAGCAGCAAAAUCUAGCACUGGUGCUAAAACUGGAGAUUCCAAUGGUUCAUUGUUGAAAGCUGAUCAAUCUCAUACUGUAGGCCAAAUCGUUAAAGAUGGUUUCUUCUCAAGUAACGUCAGAGAGCAACACAACAAGGGCCUCAUUAAUUCAAGUGGAUACACUACUGGUUCUCUAAAUAACUCUAUCAUCUUUAUAGAUUGUAAUUUUUGAAUUCAUGAUUUGGAAGUUGUGGGAAUGUAAUAUGGAAAUCUUUCACUUUUCUGUACCGAAAAAGUUCAAAUAAAAGCUGGGAAACACCCUGGUUCCAUCCAUAGAUGAUGGCAUUCACACUCGAACAA